AUGGCGGCCCCCAUUCCCAAAGAUGGUAAGCAGUCUGAUCCACGGUAUCAACUAUUCACUACAGUGUAUGCAACAUGCUUUUCUCCAUGUGGGCGUUAUCUGGUAGCGGGUAACAACUUUGGAAAAAUAGCUGUCUACAGCUUGUCUUCUGCACUAAGCCCUGAUGCUACAGAAGAAAACAAGGCACCGCUAUAUAUCUACAGAGCUCAUGACGGACCAAUAUACAGUUUCUCAUCUACAGACACAUUCCUGAUAAGUGCUGGCACACGGGAUGUCCUUGGCUGGAAGUGGAAGGACUUAAUAGCUCGGGAGCCUAAAGUCGCGUGGGUGCUGGCAAUACCACGGGGGGAUGGAUUUGAAAGCCCAGAGACGAACGCUCUUGCAUUGUCUAACACGAGCAAUGGAACACAAACGCUGUAUGCAGGCUGUGGCGAUAACAACAUAUACGGCUGGGAGCUUGACACAGGCACUUGUGUGAUGACAAUGAAAGGGCACUCGGACUUUGUCCAUUGCCUUGCAACAAAGAACUCAGGAAACGAGCUGGUUUCCGGUAGUGAGGAUGGCUCUGUGCGCAUAUGGGAUCCUCGAUGCCCAGAAGAACACGUGCAGAUGUUUGAGCCGAGCAAACACGAUGUGAGUCUUCCGUUUCUGUUUGCAUUUCUUUCACAGUUACACCUUUUAGCCAAAGAAAGUUAG